CUUUGCACUUUUGACAGUUAGCAUGUUAGCAGCGAACUGCUAAACUCUCCAGAUAACAUGUCCGUAAAAUAGCGAACAGUGAGUGAAAAGUACGAAGUGUUUCUGGAGUUUUUUCUUGGUGAACUCUUCACUGUCUGAGGAUGUUUUCGUCUGCCUGGAAUUUUGUUAAACGCCACAAAAGGAAAUUUAUUUUCGCCGGAGCUGUAGUUGGAGGCGUGUACGUCCUGGGUAAAUAUGCUCAGAAGAAGAUCAGGGAGAUCCAGGAGAGGGAGGCGACGGAGUACAUCGCUCAGGCAAGAAGGCAGUUCCACUUCGAGAGCAACCAGAGGACCUGCAACAUGACCGUGCUGUCCAUGCUUCCUCCGCUGAGAGAAGCCAUCAUCAGUCAGCUUAACUCAGAGAGUCUCACUGCACUACUGAAGACCAAACCAGACAAUAAACUGGAGAUCUGGGAAGACUUAAAGAUCAUCAGUUUCACCCGCACCAUCGUUGCCAUCUACAGCACCUCCAUGCUGGUGGUCCUAUUGAGAGUCCAGCUGAACAUCAUUGGAGGAUAUCUGUACCUGGAUAACUCCACAGGAAAGAGCGGGACGACUGUUGUGGCUCCCCCAGACGUCCAGCAGCAGUACCUGUCCAGUAUCCAACAUCUGCUGGGGGACGGUUUGACAGCGUUGAUGACGGUAGUAAAGAAGGCGGUACAGAACUCACUGGGAAGUUUGUCUCUGAAGCAGAGCUUGUCUGUGCUGGAGUUGGAGCAGCAGCUGAGCUGGAUCAGAGCGGAGGUGGAGGCCGGCUCUGAGCGGUCGCUGUCCUGGUACAUGCUGGCAGACGAUGAGAACGCUCUCACCGACCAGGCCUGUGGGUUAACGGAGAACGACGUAAUGACCAUCAGACUGUUAAACGAGACUAGAGACAUGCUGGACAGUCCAGACUUCACCACUGUUCUCAACGCUUGUCUGAACCGGGGCUUCUCUCGUCUCCUUGACAACCUGGCUGAGUUCUUCCGCCAGCCCCCCAGUGACUCCGCCCCCAGCUCUUUUCCUGAUAGUCUGUCUGCUGUCAGUCUGCCACUGGCCAAGAUCAUCCCCAUCAUCAACGGUCAGAUCAACACCAUCUGCAGUGAGACUCCCAGUCACUUUGUUCAGGACCUCCUGAUGAACGACCAGGUGAAGGAGUUUGCAGCCAACGUCUACGAGACCUUCAGCAUGCCGCAGGAGCUGCAGAAAUAAUCAUCAAGAUAGGAGGAGAGCUUCAGAGAAAGAAUAGGGGGACGAAACCAGAAAUAAUUAUAGUCCCGGACUGUUAAUCCCUCCUUCCUUUCUUUGAGGCAUUUUUCUCUGCAGCAUCUUGCGGACUUUUUGCUCUCGAUGGUGAAGAUUCGUGGUGAUAAUAGCCACAACAGAACAACAAGGAUCCCUGCAUCCCUUCUGCUAUUAGCACCAGGUUGAAUUAUGGGCCUGCGCCAGGAAGAGGAGACCUGCACUUGGUUUGUAAUCAAAGCAAAGCCUGCAGUUACAAUUAGAACCAUUGCAUCUUGGGGACUGAAAUCCCAUUAAACCCAGGAAUUAUUGUUUUAAUUACCCUGAGAGGUGGAAAAGAAGGUGAAAAUACUGAAACCAUCAAAGUGCGCAUUGAAGGAUCUGUCACUGCUGUUCAGAGCAGGGUUUUCAAAGAUGAUACUGAAACAUUUUCAGUUUUUUUUUUGUUCAUAUUACAGAUUUUAGGAUGAUUUUCCUCCUUUCUAUCAGUAGUGAUGAGCAUCUUAUGUCUGUUCACGUUUCCAGCUGUUCGCUCUGCACCUCAUGUGUUUCAAGAUCAGAAGAGUUUACAAUGCAUUAUGUUUUUCUUUGGUUUUUCUUCACUUAAACAAGGUGGUAUUUGUGCCAGAUUGAACUAAUGUGGGUGGAUCUUUAUAAGCUGGUGAUUUUUUUUUUAUUACUUUAUUUUUUGGGGGCUAAUAUGUUUUUCAGUGUUUUUAAAUUUCACUAUUUCCAUGGUGGAAAUGUCUGCAGCGGCUGGGUUGUAAUUUGGCGACGUUACAACUUCAAUGUGAGAGCGAGAAGCUGAGCUGUCCAAUCAGAAUGUCAUAUUAGCACAACCAGAGUGGCUCAAUACAAACUAAAUACGUCGUCAAAAUGAAAACUCAACAGAGGUGACCAACUUUCAGUGGUUGACAUUUUAUUUUUCAUAAAAUCCCAUUAAAAGCAACACUGUAAACAUGGUGAUAUUAAUGUUCUUGUUUUCCACGCAAAAGACAACCACAGAGCAGUUUAAAACAUCCAGAAUUUAAUUUCGUUUUCACUGUAAAUCUGUAUUUUAAGCAGUAAAUCCUUUCUUUUUAGUGCUGUUCUUUUGUUGCCCACAAGGUGUCACCCUUCCUCAACUUGUUGGAAUCCUACACUCCCCUUUUUCCAUCCAUAAGCAGGGUUUUCAAGUUACAUUUUCUUUGUCAUUCUUUUCUUCACAGUAUUGCUAUUACAUGCUGGUAAAAUUUUUCUCACAAUAUCAUUCUGUAGAGCAGUUUUUCCCAUAUUUCUUUUUUUUUUCAGAACUUGUUUUCCCCCUCAAUCUAUUUGUAUGCGGCUUCUUUAAAAGUUUGAGAUCAUUUUAGAUUGUGUUGAAAUUACAAGACUGUUAUCCAAAGCCAAGAAAUCUGGGACAGCUGUACUUAACCUCCUGUCAGCCCCUAAUACUUCACGUUUUCAAACUCUUCCCACAGUAGCCACAUAAGCUACAUAAAUCAGGUGUGUUCAGAGCUGGUUCACACCUGAUUCCACUAGUCAUGUAUGUACAGAAGAGGAGGGUCCCCAGGAAGCUCUGAGCUAAAAGCUGUGAGUCAUUGUUGCAGUUACAAGUGUUUUUAUUAUUCCUAAACUCCUGGUUUCAACCAUACACAUUGUUUGUUUAAUGAAUGGUUUCACUUAGUUAUUUCUUAUCUGACACACUAAACGCAAACUGUCCAUCUUUGAUUACAGCUGCUUUAUAUUUUCCACAUACCUGUAAUCACAGUAAAAACAAUCUUUAGAUGAUUAUUUUAUUACUUCGCACCAUGAAAAAAAGAUUAAAAAUUAAUCCCACCUCUAAAAGAUUGUGAUUAUUCAAAGAAGAACUGUAAAUGAAUCGUGUAAACUGUGGAUCUCUGUUAAUCUCAUGAAAACGCUUCGUUGGCUGGCAGGAUUAACUAGAAACCAGUUUGUGGAGAAAUGAAUCCACCUUGAGGCUGUUUUGGGGCAGAUGUGCACAUUAACCCAUCAGUUAGUUUCCUUCUCAGGCGAUGAGAAGAGCAUCAUGUGACUGCUCAGGUGACUGCUCAGCUAACUUAGUUCCUGGUUUCUGACUUACACAAUGAGCACAGUCGGGUGAGAAUGUAAAGCUCUGUAUGUAACCAGAGACGUUACGCCUUUUUAAAGCGUGAUGUCCCGAAUGACAGCUGAAAUGUAUGUUUGUAGCAAAUUAUUGAAGAGAUAAUAAAUGUAAAAUGUGAUUUCAUA